GAGCUGGAGGAGGAGGAGGAGGAGGAGAGAGGAGGAGGAGAGGAUGAUGAGAGCUGUAUUUGGGAAGUGAGAGAAAAGCUGAGAGUGAGCAGAAGAAAGUUGACACUGAAAACCACCAGCAAGGAUUAAUGAAAGAGCUUCUGCUGUCUGUGAGGAGGAGAGAGCGAGCCGGGCUGGAUGAUGCUGUGCAGGGGGAAGGGGAGUCUUUGACAAAGCAGACACGUUACCGCUGCUGGCAGGCUGCACAGGUGUGUUAGGUGCAUCCACACACAGCUCGACGGAGGGAUGCCAAUAAGUUUGACUCUGUAACAAAACGCUCACAUCAUCUCUCUCACAAACACGUGUGGGACACACACACACUCAUAUCUAUACACACACACAAAUUUUGCACAUGCCCACGCUGAAACCAAAGCAGAGGAUCAGUGUGGAACAACAUUCAGUCCUGUGGAUGCUUAAAACGGGGGACGCUGGAUUCCUCCCGUUUCUUCUCGGAGGACUGAUCCCGGAGACAGAACAGAAAGGUGAGAAGAUGUUUAAAGGAAACAAAUCGAGCUGUUUCACUUUGGACCCCAUCAUCAUCAUCGGAGAGCUGGACCUGAAUGAAAGGUGGACGAGGUACAUUAAGUGCACAUGUCCUAAAGGAGUGCUGCCGUGGCAAACGGCAAACCCACGGCCAUAAAUCAACACCGGAGGACUCUUUGAUUUCUUCAUUAUCACUUCCUGCAGCAACAACAGACGAACAGGCAUGUUGGCAGGCCCACUGACCUGCGGACGUGCACCAUAGGACUCUAUUCCCGGAGCCUCGUUGCUUUACAGAUUAACUGCCCUCAAAUAUGCCCCCAAUCCGUUCAUUGAACCGCUAGUUUGACUGCUGCUGCUGGAGGUUGUGCAUAUUCAAGCUUCCAAACCCGCUGUGCGUCAGUCCAGUUAUUUGAAGGCCUGCUGUCUUUGGCCUGUUUUUUUUUAAAGGCGGUGUUGGUUCACGUCUCCUGCAGAGAAACAAACAUGCUGCUGCACGUCGUGACAGCCUGAACGUCAUUUCUGCUCGUUUCAAUCAUUCAAUCAUACAAUCAUUUCCUGACUCAUUUCCAUCCAGAACAGCCGAAGCAAAAGACUGACGUCUAAUGCUUUAACGCUAAAACCACGGCACUGUGCUUAGAUUAAGACUUCAUAUUUUAUUGCAAGUUCCGGAGGGCGGAUCACGCUGUUUCCCAUUGCCCAGUAUUUUCAUUAGCCCGUCGGAGGCUAAUCAGGGUCCUCCAUCAUCAGAAUUGACAUUUCCAUAUUGUAUGAGAGAGAAAGUAGCAGACAUUAGCAUAUUCAUGAACACUGACACUCUCAAUCAUGUAAAAUGGAAGACAUGAACCAUCAAACCCUGAAACAAAUAGCUUAUGACAUGUAAGGAGACGAGGGUCUUGAAUCCCCCUAUGCAGCUUCAGCACAUCCCAUAGCACACAGGAGAAGGCCUCCACGGGCACAUUAAGGAUAAAACCUGGCAUGUGUUAUUGGCAUCUGGUGCAGGAUUUAUAAUAACAGAUAAAAAAGAAUGGGAUUAAAGAUGGAUUAUUACUCACAUACUAAAGCCAGCAAAGCAGCUGCCUUUGCAUAAACCCAUCGGACACUUGAGGGAAACACUCUGCAGACCCGAGUAGAUUACAUUUGGUUGUUGAUGCAGUGGCCUCUUGUGUGGUUGGUAUUCAAAGAGAGGGAUGGAGAAUCUAGAUGAGCUGGAGCACCCUCUUCUGGGGGAAAGCACCAAUGACAGCCGGGCAUCAGGACAGGCACUGGGGCCCGGGACUGGACAGGCCCCUGGAGGGCUGUUCAAGGGCAUCUUGGUCAAGUGUGAGGAGGACAGAGCCUACCCUCCUUUAGCAUGGAGGAGCUAUUGCGGACACCCUCCUGAGCUCCAGCAGCAGCAACUCCUGGACCCUUGCUCCUUACCUCGCACAUUGGAGUCCUUUUAUCCACCGGCCCCCAUCUGGGGCCACGCAGAUUCCCUUCUUAGCAAAGACUACCUGGAGACCACCUUCGUGGACAUUCGGCCCGGCUCCACGCUGGAGAGGAAGCUGCUGGCCGAGACGCAGGACUUUCACAGCGUGUCCUACAGCAUGGACGACGAGGAUGAUCUGCUUCCUGAUUCUGACGACUCAUCCAUUGAUGAUUUCAGUGAUACAGACAGCGAGAACAACUUCCCUCUGAUGAUCCCUCAGGACUACCUGGGUCUGGCUUUUUUCUCCAUGCUCUGCUGCUUCUGGCCCCUGGGCAUCGCUGCCUUCUACCUUUCACAGAAGACCAACAAGGCAUCGGCUCAGGGGGAUUUCCAGGGGGCCAAUGCAGCGUCUCGCCAGGCUCUGUGGCUCUCGGUCCUCUCCAUUGUGUUUGGAAUCAUAACAUACAUCUGUGCCAUUGCUGCAUUGAUUUCCUACCUUUCUGGAAAACCACCAUAAAAGCAACAAGGAGACAAACAAAAAGAAAAAACUCACACAUUUCAUCAACACAUGCCAACGUAUCACCUAUAAGUGUAAAACAGCCUUUGUCUCGUCGAUCCUAUCUGCAGUUCUGUUUUAUCUACAGCUAGAAAAGUGGAGAAUGCACAGGGAAAACAACAGGCGAGCCGGUGCAUAGAUCACAAUCACCUCUAAUUGGAUUAGGACAGAAUUCAGCUCAGAGGACGUUCCUCGUACAGAAUAAUUAAAAAAGAAGUUAUAUCACUCCACCUAGAAGAUCGAGCCUGUAAAUGUGAUAUUUUAUUUGUCACCCAAGGACUUAAGUUACCUGCCAUCCUAUAAAUGUGUGUCGUAGUCGUCACCACGUUAAGCAUUACUGUAAAAAAAACAAACCGACAACAACACAUGCAGAUGUUAUCACAACUGUAGAUAUCACUGUCACACUAACAAUGAAUAAUGAGAAGCAGAAAGAGAAGAGAGAGAGAGAGGAUGUGUGGCCUCGUCUGCCCGGGAGGAGCUAAGUGGAGGGCAGUACACGACCAUCCCGUCUGCAGAUUUAUGAGAAGGUCACAUGAACAAGGACGUAGCAGCGUUGAAAUCCUGAUGGAGCUCGCCAUGGGAGGCCUGACUGUCGCUCGUGGAGAAAAAGGCAAUAACCAAGAAUUUCUUGCUCCUCCACCGGCUGGAGCCGAAGGACAGAUCCACAAAGGAAACUCUGCUCAACUCAUCCUGAUUUCACAUUCAGUGUCACUCAUCGUUUACCUGCAGAAAAGACUGUUGUUGUUUAUGCCAAGUCGAAUAAGUAUCUUCAUGUUGAAAUACACAAAAAACUAAAUGAAAAAUACAUUAGUGCCAUUAUAUAAGAAAAUAAAUAUAAACGAAGAGUUGUCAGGAGGUCGUGAUGUGAAAAACGUGGCUCUAGAUAUAGAAACAAAGGAGCCGCUUCUUUAUUCAGUGCUAGAAAAUGAUAACAUAGACAGAGGAGCGGGUCUCUGCAAGGAAAAGUGCCAAAAAUACAGAAGAAACUCUGAGGAUGAUCCUUUUGUGAGCUCUUCCAUUAAUAGAAGCAACCAGGCUGCUACGCCACGCUCCCCAAAUGUAGAUUUUGUUAUUUUCUCCUCCACAAAGAGGACUGAAAUCCUUCAGGAACUUGCUUCUUCCUUCAAACUUGUGUAAACAAACACAGUAACACCUUGUUUGGUUAAAAGACGGCUAACCGGACACACAGCGUUCAGCCACGUGAUGCAUGAGUCAGUAAAAUCUCCAUUUCGGUCACAGCAGAAAGCUGCAUGGCGAGUUUGUGCUUGUCAAACCUGCUCCGAGCUUUGAUCACUUCCUUUAUUUGGUCCUGAACUACUGCAAAAAAAAAAAAAACAGCUUUGAUGAAAGAAAGCUUGAGCUUAAAUGUGCCACUGACAAAACUGUGAAUAAGGGAACUCUGAGUAAAUAUUUUAAAAAAUGACCGUAAGGUAAAAGUUGACAUUUUCUAUUUAGAUGUAUAGUUUUAUAGAGUCCACGGCUCCAUUCUAAAGUACACAAACAAAACACUUUUGUUUUCUGCGGUGUUAAGACUAAGCUGAUAAUAGAUCAUGGUCACUGUGCGUGCUAUUUGUAGACACACCUGUGAUAUCUCGUGUCUAACCCAGAGUCCACACACCGUGUUGUGCAGCUCCUACGAUCCUGAACCGUCCUCUAUCUCCACUGGACACUUCUGUCAAUGAACCUUUGUUGUUACAGCUGAGUUAGCACAAUUAGUGAUUUAUAUGGAAGCAUUUAAAGUGUAUUUGCCUUGACUGAUGAUGCCGUCGUGAGACAUUUGCAUCGCUUGUAUAGAUAAUGACUGGAUGCAGGGAAGUGGUUAACUCAUGUGAGUCAAUAAAGGUUUAAAAGGUUGUGACAAAUGAGAUUUAUUAAUAAAAGAUAUAUUCAGUUAUUUCCCAGUCCACACCCUUGUAUUAAAUGUAAAUAUUAACCUGAAAGAAGAAUCGAUGAAUCCCAAUAAAUGCACUUGUUUGACAUUUGUCUUUUUAUUUUGUAGAAAUGUUACAAAUGUCCUGCUCACUCACUUAACCCGCAGCACAGCUGACUACAAACGAACCGAAGCAAAUGUAGCCCAACGUGUUUGCUUAAUAUUUUAUUACAACAUCAGUACUUUAAAAAAAGGCUAAUA